CAGGAGCUUAAAUACCAGCCCAUGAGGAAGCUCGGCUGGUCCGUAAUGAUAGGGAGGCAGCAGCGGCCGCAGCAGAGGUAGUCCGAGGAGGUGAAGGAGCGGAGAGCACCAUGAGCACACACGUGUUUCUGAAGAGUUAUUAGACAGCUGUGAAGGAGAAAAUACACCUUUAAGUUUUUACCUGUGAACACAAUAAGCCUGAGAGAGAGAGUCUGAAAGCAAAGAGGAAGAGAUUGGUCAGUCACACCAAGAGACACCAAGGUUGAAAGUUUCGGGGUUUUUUUUCCUCUGUUUCAUUUUUCCCCCGUGUGGCACUACAAUGGUCAGAAAGCCUGUUGUGUCCACCAUCUCCAAUGGAGGUUACCUGCAAGGGAACGUUAACGGGAGGCUGCCUUCCCUGGGCAGCAAGGAGCCACCUGGGCGGGAGAAAGUGAUGCUGAAGAAGAAAAUCACUUUGCUGAGGGGCAUCUCCAUCAUCAUUGGCACCAUCAUUGGAGCAGGAAUCUUCAUCUCUCCUAAGGGCGUGCUCCAGAACACGGGCAGCGUGGGCAUGUCUCUGAUUAUCUGGACAGCCUGUGGGGUCCUGUCACUGUUUGGAGCCUUGUCCUAUGCUGAACUGGGAACAACUAUCAAGAAAUCUGGUGGUCAUUAUACAUAUAUUCUGGAAGUCUUUGGCCCUUUACCAGCUUUUGUACGAGUCUGGGUGGAACUGCUUAUAAUACGCCCUGCAGCCACUGCUGUGAUAUCUCUGGCAUUUGGACGCUACAUUCUGGAACCAUUUUUUGUUCACUGUGAAAUUCCUGAUCUUGCAAUAAAGCUCAUUACAGCUGUGGGCAUAACUGUAGUGAUGGUCCUCAACAGCAUGAGUGUCAGCUGGAGCGCCCGGAUCCAGAUUUUCCUAACCUUUUGCAAGCUCACAGCAAUUGUGAUAAUUAUAGUCCCUGGAGUUAUGCAGCUAAUUAAAGGGCAAACACAACACUUUACAGAUGCCUUUUCUGGAAGAGAUGCAAGUAUUAUGGGAUUGCCACUGGCUUUUUAUUAUGGAAUGUAUGCAUAUGCGGGCUGGUUUUAUCUCAACUUUGUUACCGAAGAAGUGGAAAAUCCUGAAAAAACCAUCCCCCUUGCAAUAUGUAUAUCCAUGGCCAUUGUCACCAUUGGCUAUGUGCUAACAAAUGUGGCCUACUUUACAACCAUUAGUGCCGAGGAGCUGUUGCUUUCAAAUGCAGUGGCAGUGACCUUUUCUGAGCGGCUACUGGGAAAUUUCUCAUUAGCAGUUCCGAUCUUUGUUGCCCUCUCCUGCUUUGGCUCCAUGAAUGGUGGUGUAUUUGCUGUCUCCAGGUUAUUCUUUGUUGCGUCUCGAGAGGGUCACCUUCCAGAAAUCCUCUCCAUGAUUCAUGUCCGCAAGCACACUCCUCUGCCAGCUGUUAUUGUUUUGCAUCCUUUGACGAUGAUAAUGCUCUUCUCUGGGGACCUCUACAGUCUUUUGAAUUUCCUCAGUUUUGCCAGGUGGCUUUUUAUUGGGCUGGCAGUUGCUGGGCUGAUUUAUCUUCGAUACAAACGCCCAGAUAUGCAUCGUCCUUUCAAGGUGCCGCUGUUCAUCCCAGCUUUAUUCUCCUUCACGUGCCUCUUCAUGGUUGCUCUUUCCCUUUAUUCAGACCCAUUUAGUACUGGGAUUGGCUUCGUCAUCACUCUGACUGGGGUCCCUGCAUACUAUCUCUUCAUUAUAUGGGACAAGAAACCCAGGUGGUUUAGAAGAAUGUCAGACAGAAUAACCAGAACAUUACAAAUAAUACUGGAAGUUGUACCAGAAGAAGAUUGUCAUGAAUUAUGAACUAAUGCUUUGAAAUCUUGGUGAUCUGUCCCUGGUCUUGUUUCUGCUCAAAGGGCUGAAACAAAAUAUGGAUCUUCACUUCAUUUUAUGAAAAUCCAGAGGAUUGCAACUUUGGUGAUGGACUAAAGGAGUCAGUUAUUUCUAUUCAUAUCUUUUCAUGUAUUCAAACUGUUUCUGAGAACUUUAGUUGUAACUUCGUGUAGAUAUAGAAGGCUGAUAUGCAGUUAUACACGAGUUCACGUGAUUCUUUAGUCCUUUAUACCUACCUGUUGAGGUUGGGGAAAAAGGCUACAGAAUGAACAAUUACUUUAGUGGUCUUUUUUUAUAACCUAUCUUAUAAUGACUAAGAACCUUCAAAUUGAUGACUGAGAUGUUUUCUGUAUAUAUGGGUUUUAUAAAAACAAUUUUUACAUACUGUAGAUGACCAUACUGUGAAAAGUGUUUUCUACUCUUCUGGAAAAAAAAAAAAAAAUCAUAGGUCAUCGUUAUGGACAGAGGAAAGAAAUUUAUUUUACAUUGACAUUGCAUUGCUUCCCUUUAGAUACCAACUUAAAUAUCACUCAUCUUUUUAUACCCAGAGCAUUUUGAACAAAGGACAGAGGGGCUAUGCCUAAUUUUAAUGGAUAUAUUAAAACAGAGAUUCUAGGGGCUAUUGUUUAUGAGACAAAUCCAGGAAUUAUGUUUAAGUAAAAGUCCUUGAGAAUUUAUUAUGUUAGAAUUUUUUUACUCACUAUUAGGAAGCUCCAUGGCUAUGUGCCAUUUUGCUUUCAUGGCAGCCCAUUUGAUCAGGAAAGGGUAUAACACCUUUUCUUAGAGCAAAGCGAUAGUCAGUUUGGUAUUAAAUCCUCUUAAGCACAAUCACUUGUUUCACUAAUAGUUUAACCCUUGAAAAAUGUAUCUAAAUAUGUGCAUUUUUAAAUCUUCAAAUUACAGUGUCAACAUAAGGCAGAAAUCACCAAGAAAAAAAUGCCCAAAAUAUUAUGCCCAACCCUAUAAGCGUAACUAUAUGCAAUGUUAGUAAUUCUGAACAAUUUUUUUUAUUUCAUAGCUGUUUUUACAUGGUGAUGAAUUUUGACAGUUUGUACAUUUUCUUUAUACAUUUUAUAUUCUGUUAAAAUAUCUCUUCAGAUAAAACUGUCCAGAUCAAUUAGGAAAAGGCAUAUAUUUUACAUAAAAAUUGAGGAAGAAAUGUCACUGCUAAAUAAGAUUUACAGCUGAUGUUUCUAAAAAUUUUCCACUUCUAUAUCUAGGCUUUAUCAGUAAUUUUUUCACCUUAGUUAUCAUUCAACUUGCAAAAGAGAUAACUGAUAACAAAUUCACUGAAAGGAGGAGAAACUGUGCAUGAGUGUGUGUACUCAGACAGGUAUUAUGCUAGGUUUAGAAAAUAUUGUGAAAUUUUCAAAUGAGAAUAACAUAGUGACGAAAUUUGUUAACUAUUAUUUACAUACAUCUAAGAUUAAAUAGUUAGUCAUGGCCAGAGUAUGUUUCAUCCUUUAAUUUUUGUCCAUUUGAAAAUAAGAUUUUUUGAAAGAAUUACACUGAUUAAAAUCAUUAAGAGCAGAUGUAAAGUUCAUGGAUAAUUGACAAAAGUAGAAAUGAUGAUUUAUAAUUUGAGGCAACUCCAAUUCACUCAUUUCAAUUUUUGCUUUCGGUAACAUUUAAUAUAUAUCCAAGAUUGACAUUUUUUCAGCCAAACCUAGUGUUUGGGUCUCUAAGUGAUUUCAUAAAAAUUCCUUCCUUUUUGUCUUACCAUAGAGUUUGCAGAUUUGGUCUGUAGUCUCUACUGCCUAUAUCCAUUUGUCUACGUCUUUCCUUACUAUAUUGUUACUAGAGGUAAAAAUAGAUUUCCUUUAUUUUCCUAUUUUUUACAAUCUAGGCCCACAUAAUCUAAACCAACAAACUCUUCUUGAGUUUUUUCUUGUCUAAUGAAAAAAAAAGACAAAGUCUCAUAGAGGGGUUGGUGUAGUUCUUGAUUAUUCCUGAGGUUAAUGUACUCAUAUCAACAGUGGCAGGUAGGUUUCUUCAUUGUGUUUGUUUAUUUUGGUUCUAAUUUCUCUUUAAAUAUAUUAUUGUGCAAGAUAACUAGAAUACAUUUUCAUUAUUCUUUCUAUAAUUUUCAAAAAUGAUUUUUGCAUUGUUAAAUUUCUAAUGCCAUUGUAAUACCCUUUUAACCAGAGAGAAAGUCAGUUGGUAAUUUUUAAAAAAGUGAUGAAGAUUAAGUUGUAUUUCAACUUAUUUUUAGGGUACAUCAUGACAAGACACAGGGUCUCUGUAAUCAGGGAAUCAACAUUUAUAAAUUUUAUUCAGAAUGGUAUCAUGUCAAGCAGAUUCUAGUUCGAAAACUCUCCCGCACAGUUUUAUAUAUAUAUAUAUUUUAUACUAAGUAAAAUUUUUUCUUAUAUAUUUAGAAUUUUAUAUAUAUGUACAAACUAUUACAUGUGAUAUACAUGUAAUAGUGUGCAUAUUCAAAUGUUUAUAUACAUAUUAAGAGUUUAUUAUAACACAAAAAGUAAAAAUGGCCAAAGCAGUGUAAGACAACUAGUAUACUAUUUUCAAAUGUUCUGCUUUUUGGGUACAUAGAGUCUCAAGUAUUUAAUUAUGAAUUAAACAGUUCUAGUUAAAACUUCCAAAGCUAAAACAAUUUGAUUUAAAAAAUGGAAUGAUUCUCCUUACACAAUUAUGAAUGUUUUAGUAAAUGUUUUUGAUCCAUUUUUUAAAAUAUUAGAUUAUCUCCCUGAGAUUUUUCUUUGAUCAAAUGAAGAAAACUGGACUAUUAUAAAUAGUGAUUUGGUCAGCUGCAAGUAGACCCUGUUCUUGUCUUUCUUUGGGAGAUUAAAGAUUUGUCCUAGAAAAAAUGGCUGACCCGAGUACCACACAUAAAGUUUGGGUGUAUGCACUCACAGAUAUGCAUAUGUGCUUGUACUGUAUCUCCCUCACUCCCACUGGCACAAAAUUAGUACAGAUUAUUAGGUUACAUUAGCAAUGCAUGGCAGAUUCUCUAAUGCUAAAAUAUGUACGUUGAAACAAAUUUCCAGAUUGUCUUAUGUGUCUGGUAAAAGUUUCCCCAAUUGCUGUUUGAUAUAUCAACAGAUGGUUAACAUGAGUAUAAUUACAUAACUCAACAGAAUUCUUCAUGAAAUGUAAUCAGUCUUCAGGAAACUCAUUAUUUUGUCUCUAUUUGCAGAUGAAUGUAAUGCUAACUAAGAAAGGGAGCAUCUUUGACCUGUAGUUGAUUUCUUAUAAUUGAAGUAUAGAUUAUGAAAAGAUAGAAAACUGAAGGUCAGGGUAGCAAGAAAUGAAAGGUAGUAUGUGAUUGGAGGUAAUAAUAUUUUGGUGUAAUUUAUUAUGCAAUAUAGUCAGAGAAAUAUUAAAAAUUCAUUGUCUGCUGUGCAUAGGUGGAUAUCUGGAGAAGCUAAUGAAAUGUAAGCAUCAGUGCCCCUCGCUUAGACGUGACCCUUUCAAAGUCCUGUACCUAAUUUUGCAUUAGGUAUUUUGUAACAAUUUUCUUGAAGAAGAUCAGCAAAAUUGUAUAUACUUCUGGCCCUAAAAAAUAUGCAUCUGUCCCUGUGUUUAGUAAGGUAAAAUAACUUCCAUUACUUUUUCUGUUAGAAAUAAGCAUGGGGUAUUUGUAGGAUAUAUUUUUAAGUAAUAAAAUUGUGAGGUAAUUGAAAUAUCUAUAUAUAACUAUAAUUGGCUUUCUCAUAAACAUUAUGUGAUAUAUAAGGAGAAAAUUUCACCUUUGAUAUAUUUUUUGUGUCAGUUCUGAAUGAUAGAAAAACAAUGAAUGGGAUUUUAAUUGUAGCUCUUUUUCUUAGUUUGGAAAGAAAAAGAAAGGUUUGGGAUUUGAAUGCAGAUGAGUCAAGAAAUUUGAUUUUAUUUAAAUAUAAUCUUGCUUCAUUUUAUCCUACAUGAUACACUAUAUGUUGGUGCUGAUAAUGUUUACAGAGUUACAUAUUACCUUCCUAACCAUUCAAAGUCAGGAAUUAAAGCGUUGCAUUGUAUAACUGGCAAGAAGCUCAUGGAGGAUAUAAAUUAGAGUAGAUAGUGAGUCAUCUUGACAGCUUCUGUUUACAUUAUUUAUAUAUGGGUAAAAGAAUUAUUACCUAUAAAUGUGUUUUAGGUUAAUUUGCCCAUAAACAAUAUUUUUAAUCUAUCUCAAUAUAUGUAUUACCUAAAAACGUAACCUCUAGGUAGUAUUAGUACUGUACUUCAAAAGAUAUUUUAACAGCCAAUUUUUGGAGAUAAUCCUUUUUUCUUUUUGUUGCAUUUUCAAAUUAGUUGGUGUCUAAAAUUAAAUGCUUGGUCUAUUUUUAGAUCUGAUACAAAUUCACAAAGGUGUAAAUCAUGGUCUCACGGAAAGUUCACCAGUUUUCCAUAUGUUGUGAGAUAUUGUCCUUCUAAUAAGGAUAUUGAUUUGAUCUUUUUGAACCGUUUCUCUGUUUUCUUUGAAAGAAUCAAUGAUUCCCUUUGUUUUAUUUUUUUAUUUUUUGACACUCCUCAAGAUAAGAGCGAGUCUUAAUUUGAAUUUAUAUGAUUACUAGUGUAUUCUCAGUGCGCAACUACCACUUAGGUUUACUUCCUUGGGAGUCCCUGCCCUGCUUUUCUUUGUUACCAUUGGCUUUAAAAUAUCGCUGGAGGGUGAUUACAGUCUCCAGAUAUUUAUCUGUUACAUGUGUGUAUUUCAGCUACUUGGAUCAAGGGUACAUUUAUAGUAUCAAUAACUGCCUUAACAGUUUUAUAGAUAACAAUUCUCUCAAGAAACUGGAGCAUUAGGCAUCUGAGAGCCGUACAGGUGGAUGCGCUGGUUUGAAAGUAAGCAUACUUUUUUCCCUCAACAUAUACACUACUGAUUUUUUUUUUUUUUUUUACAAAGUAUGACUUUCAAGUGAAUUAAUUUAUUGGUUAGAAGACUUGCUUGCAGAGUCCUUAUUACCUCAUGUUGAAGCCUCUAACGGCCGUGCUGACAUCUAGAGAAAAAAAAAAAAAGACUAAUGCACAGUUAUGUCUUUUGCAGCAGUGUCUGCAUUUUGAGCACCUUGUGCAACAGGGUAUUUUGCACGGCUUCUUGUGGGAAACAUAUUAGUCCUUUGGAUGUUACAGCUGUAUAAUUGGUUGGGUUGUGAGUGGCCUGACUUAAAUGAGGGUUGUGAAGUUAGACCUCACUUUUUCCUACUAAUUAACAUUCUUCAGCGCAUGCUCCAAAGCACGUUCGUAUCACACUGGGAGGCAAUGCAAUGUGAUUCCCUGAUUCUAGGUUUAAACUGUCUUGUUUCAAAGGAUUUCUGAAUUAUUUUUUCCCUGGCAUUUCUCCUUCAUUCUAAAUUUCCAUUUACUGACUAAUGUAAUAUAAAGAAUAUUAUAUUUAAGUAGAAAAAUACUUUGGAGAAAUAAAACACAGAUUGUUUCAAAUGAAUGUAUGUGUAGAAUAGAAAUGAUCUAUGUUAAACUACUGUGUAUAUAGCUGUCCCCUCUUAUCCAGGGGGGAUAUGUUCCAUGACUCCCAGUGGGUGCCUGAAACUGGGGAUAGUAUCAAACCCUAUAUAAACUAUGUAUUUUCCUAUACAUACAUACCUAUGAUCAAGUUAAUUUAUAAAUUAGGCACAGUAAGAGAUUAACAACAGUAACUAAUAAUAAAAAGAACAAUUAUAACAAUAUACUGUAAUAACAUUUACCGUAGAUCUUAGCAACCUCAGCAUACGAUUGUUUUUCUUUCCUCAUUAAAUCAAGAACUACCACCUUUUCACUUAAAGCAAGCACGGUAUGGCUUCUCUUUGGCAUGUUCGAAUUGCCAGCAUCAAUACUCUUGUGCCUUCAGGCCAUUAUUAAGUAAAAUAAGGGUUACUUGAACACAAGCACUGCGAUACCAUGACGGUCGGUCUGAUGACUGAGAGGCCUACUAAGUGACUGACGGGUGGGUAGUGUGUAUAGGGUUGAUCUGCUAGACAAAGGGAUGAUUUGUGUCCCGGGCGGGAUGAAGCAGGACUGCUUGGGGUUUCAUCACGCUCCUCAGAAUGUCACUGAAGUUAAAACUUAUUGUUUAUCUCUGGAAUUUUCCAUUUAAUAUUUUUGGAGGGCAGUUGACUGCGGGUAACUGAAACCGCAGAAAGGGAAACCUCGGAUAAGGGGGCACUACUGUAUUAAUGAUUUCACACGACCACGUAGUACUUUUUAAUUGCUCUGGAGGCAAAAACCAACUUAUAUAGCUACGGUUAUCCCACAAACCACAAGAAUCCUCCAAAAGUAUUAAGUAGUCUGGGAUUAUUUUGAUCCUAUCCUUGAAGAAAUUUAUUACCUAAUAGUUUUCCCUCGGGAAUGUUAUUACUACUGCUAUAAAUCUGGAACUAAACGAGUGAUACUUACACUUUGAAAACUGGGUUCUUCUUUUGACAUUAUCCAUGUUCAGAGAGUGGCAUAUCACUUUACUCUUUUAGGAUAUUUGGGGCCAAUGCCUGUGUUCAAAAUAACCAUUGGCCUUGGCCCCAAAUGUUUAUCUUGUUAUAGAUGAAUUGCAGCACAAUAGUAAAGAAUUUUCGGUGGUACCUCUCAACAUUUUGAGAACUUUGCGAACAUAGCAUCAGAUGUGUUGAGUGCAUCGCUUAGUACCAUGAAAUACAGUGUCUUCUCUCUAUGCCAAACCGAUGAACAAACAUGUAGUUGUGUUUUACUAAUGCUAAAUGUUGGCUAUCUGUGGUUUUAUAAUAAGCACAAGUCAGAAAAAGUAAGACAAAUGGCCUCUUGUACUGAAUGCUUGGCGAACUUAAUUUGUCCUACUCCUCUGACACAGGUUUGUCUCUAGCUUUCAUAGAGCUUGAUUUUUACUUAUCAUAUAGUUCGUUAGAUGGUAGUGAUGCGCUGGUAGAGUUGUUUUUAGUUAUUGACUCAGAAUUCAUCUCAUGAUGACUCUUUCAUGUCUUUUUCUUGUGUCUAUAUCUGUAUUUACUUUAUGAAAAUGGGUUUAGUGAGCUUUGUGUUAAAAUUUGACCUAGUAACAGUAACUUCUUUUUCAAUUAUCAAGGGGUAGAAAAAUCCAUAUGUGUGUUGGUAUGUUCAUAUUAACAUAUUAUUAGGUACUAUAUAUGAAUAUGAAUGUAUUUAAAUGCCUUUUAUAUUCUAUGGCAAGCAUCAAUAAUUUGCACCCAAUGGAAUCAGUUUAGCCCAGUGGGAAAGUGGUAGUCAGAUUACUCUGGAGGGUUGUGCUGGCAGCCAUCUCUUUGACUUGUGCUUAAAUUGUACUUUAUAGGCCACCUGUAUCCCUUACCUUGGGUCUGGAAUGCAUUUGUCAAGACCUUGUGCCAUUCCCCUAACUGGCGGGUGGGGGGAAUGGGGAGUUUGGCCUGGUGAUCUAAAAUAUAAGAACCGAGAAAUCCAGCUAAGGAAGAGUGAGCCUCAGUAUCCUUACUGGUCCUCAUCUAUGGUGGAGUUUCUUCAGUCUGGCCUUGUGAUAAUGAAACUUGGUAAAGGGGAUUGUGCAUAUUUUUUACAAAUUUUAUGUCAUGUCUUAUAUUAACGAAUUAUUAAAGAGCAAAAUUCCUUUUCUGCAUCUACAUUCCCACCGUAUCAGGAGUACUAUGAUGACAAGCUGACUUGAUGGCAUGUAACAACAAGAUAUUUAACUAUGAAAACAUAAAUGGUGAAAAGGGACUUUCAUUUGUGGAUUGUGUUGUGUUUCUUAGGGUUCUCUGGCACUGAUGCCUAAACCAGCAUGUGAUAUGUGAAAUAAAAUGGUUUUUUCUACAGCUUAAUGAUUUCUCUCUGGGGAAAGUUCCGGUGAAGCAAACACACUGUCAGAUGGUGUUUAUGGGUUAUUUGUGUAAGUGGUAAGACACUAUGAAAUAAGUGUGCUUUCAUUUGAUGGAAACUAUUGACACAUGUGUUUUUGUAUGGAAUAAAUUUUGGUGCAAUAUGAUGUCACUCAACUUUGCAUUGAAUUUAAUUUCAAUUGCAUUUAUAUAUAUGUGUACCUGUCAUGCUUCUAGUUGCUUCAACCUUUGUAUAUAAAUUUUUGUACAUAUUUUUACUUGAAAAUAUUUUAAAUGGAAAUUAAAUAAACAUUUGAUAGUUU